AGUUGUUCAUGUGCAGUCAACUGUAACUGUGGAAGAUGAUUUCAAGCAGAGGAUGUUAUAUGAUGUUCCUGCAUAGGUUAUUAUGCAUACCAUUUGUUAGUUUUCUAGAUACCCGUAACCCAUCAAUUGAAAAGCAUGAUUGCUGCUAUAUUGGUACCAAUCUUGGGCAAGAAGCAUUCACUGGUGUGAUAGCUGUCUUGAUAUUGCUCAAUAUAAUUGUUUAUAAGUUGAGGCAACUUCACGAAACAAGCCUAGGGGAGAAUAAGAAACCAUUAUCUUUGUCAACCGAACAUCUGUGCCGCAGGUUUCUUCUUUCUGAGAUGCAGUUGGCAACAAACAGUUUUGAUCAAUCUAUGAUCAUAGGCAAAGGUGGAUUCGGUAACGUAUAUAGAGGUGUCAUGGAUGAUGGUGCAACGAUGGUAGCAAUCAAGCGUUUAGAUUCUAGUUCUAAACAAGGAGCAAGCGAAUUCUGGACAGAAAUCAAGAUGCUUUCUAGGUUUCAACAUAGCAAUCUGGUGUCUCUUAUUGGAUACUGUGAUGAGUUUGAUGAGAUGAUCGUUGUGUACGAGUAUAUAUCUGGUGGAAACCUAGCAGAACGGCUGCAUAAAGUCAAAGGGUCAAGUCAGAAGUCUCUUUCGUGGGUAGAUCGCCUCAAGAUUUGCAUAGGGGCUGCACGUGCAUUAGACUACCUUCACACUGGCACAGGUAUCCGCCACCAUAUCAUACACAGGGAUGUUAAAAGCUCAAAUAUACUUUUGGAUGGGAAUUUCACAGCUAAGGUAUCUGAUUUUGGAUUGUCCAAAAUUAGUCAGAUGGACCAAGGGUGCACUCAUGUGAGCACAGAUGUCAAAGGUUCAUUUGGGUAUUUUGAUCCUAGCUAUUUCUUGACCCGGAGAUUAACAAAAAAAUCUGAUGUUUACUCGUUUGGGGUUGUAUUAUUGGAAGUGCUAUGUGGGAGGCCUGCUGUUGAUCCAAAUCUUGUUGAGAAUGAUCUUGGUCUAGUUGGUUGGGCCCAACGGUUCAUCAAAGAAGGAACAUCAAACCAUAUAAUUGAUCCGAGUUUGAUGGCGCUAAGCCCUUGUUCAAGGAUGAAGGCUCAAAUCAUGCCUAAUUGCUUGAAAGCAUUUGUGGAACUUGCAGAUAAAUGCUUGCAGACUCGACCCAAAGACCGCCCGACUAUGGGUGAGGUGGUAAUAGCACUUGAGGCUGCAUUAGCACUGCAAGAGAGAGGAGUUUUGUUAGUAGUCUCUAAUCCAAAUUCUUACAUCAAGUAUGGAAAGAUAAUAACAUUAUCAAGAAUGCUUCAAAACAUGUUGCAUGUCAAAAGCCCCAUUAGACGUGUGAUGAGGGAUGUAGAACCUCUGGGAAAAAAGAAAAGACAAAAAAGAUGGUGUCUUCCCAGUACCUUUUCUGACAAUGAGGAUUUACAAAGUGGAGAUACUUUCCAACAAGUUAAAGUUGCAGGUUCUGGUUUGAAAAUAUUCAGCUUAGAUGGACUUAAAAAUGCCACUAGGAACUUUAGUGAUGAUAUGGUUUUGGGUGAGGGGGCUUUUGGCAAAGUUUAUAAAGGUUGGGUUGAACAAGAAACAUAUGUUCCCACAAAGCUUGGCUUCGGGAUUCCUGUAGCUGUUAAAAAGCUCAAUAUUGACGGUCAUCAAGGAUUUGAAGAAUGGCAGGCGGAGGUGAAACUGUUAAGUGAACUGAGACAUCCAAAUGUAGCCAGGUUAUUAGGAUACUGCUCAGAAGAUAUGGAGCUACUCCUAGUAUAUGAGUUUAUGCAUAAGGGGAGCCUAGAAGAUAACAUACUGAAACAACGAUUUGGAGAAACACUUUCAUGGUCAAGGCGGAUCAAAAUAAUGAUAGGAACAGCAAAAGGCAUUGCCUAUCUGCAUUCUGGAGAGAACCAAAUCAUAUUCCGUGAUUUAAAGACUUCUAACAUUCUGCUUGAUCAGGAUUUCAAUGCAAAAAUCGCUGAUUUUGGGCUGGCAAUACAUGGUCCAAUAAAUGGUGAGACACAUCUUAUUACACAGGUAUUGGGGACAUAUGGGUAUGCAGCUCCAGAGUAUGUAGAAACAGGUUAUUUGAAUGGUAUGAAUGACAUAUAUGCUUUUGGGGUGGUGUUAUUGGAAACUCUUACAGGCCUUCGAGUUUUUGACAAAACCCGACCCAAAAGUGAACAAGAUCUUGUACAAUGGGCGAGGCCGAUGCUACCCAAGAAAAAGAAGCUAAUGACUAUAGUAGACCCGAGUCUUGGUCAUGACUACCCACCAGAAGCUAUAUAUCAGUGUGCUAAACUUAUUCUGAAGUGUACUCAAACCGAACCUAAAGAUAGGCCGUGCAUUGAACAAGUGUUGCGGAUAUUAGAAAAAAUUAGUUGUAUCAAAACAAAAUUGUUACAAGGGAGUGGCUAGGAAUCAUAUGACCAGGUUUUUGUUUACUUGAUUAGUCAUUAAAUGUUACUAUCGAUCCUAGAGAGAGAAGAAGCUUUA